AUGGGAUGGAUUCCGUUGUUGCCGCCAGGCAGAAGAUCAGGGAAACUGGCGGACCCUGGCAGACUCCCUUUUGACACGUCUCAAAAGUCUUCCUUCCUUCACGCCCCUGCUGGCUUUGCUAUCAAGCUGUCGGAUGGGGUGGAUUCCGUUGAUGCCGCCAUGCACAUGAGCAGGCGCACUGGCGGACCCACUGGCAGACUCCCUUCUGACACGUCUCAAAAGUCUUCCUUCCUACUUGCCCCUGCUGGCUUUGCUAUCAAGCUGCCGGAUGGGAUGGAUUCCGUUGAUGCCGCCAGGCACAUGAGAAGGCGCACUGGCGCACUCCCUGGCAGACUCCCUUUUGAGAUGUCUCAAAAGUCUUCCUUCCUACACGCCCCUGCUGGCUUUGCUAUCAAGCUGCCGGAUGGGGUGGAUUCCGUUGAUGCCGCCAGGCACAUGGGAAGGCGCACUGGCGCACUCCCUGGCAGACUCCCUUUUGAGACGUCUCAAAAGUCUUCCUUCCUACUCGCCCGUGCUGGCUUCUUUAUCAAGCUGCCGGAUGGGAAGGAGUCCGUUGAUGCCGCCAGGCACAUGAGCAAGUGCACUGGCACACUCCCUGGUGCACUCCCUGGCGCACUCCCUGGCGCACUCCCUGGCGCACUCCCUGGCGCACUCCCUAGCGGACGCCGCCUUCCCAUUACCCGGGGCACUGGCGCAUUCCCUGGCAAACUCCCUGGCAGACUCCCUGGCAGACUCCGUGGAUGCUGCUCCUCUUAUGUGCGCCGGACGGGCUGGAUUCCAUUCAUGCCGCCCUGCUCACGUGCCUGCCCGACUCCCUGGCGUACUCCCUAG